AUGUCAUUGUCAUCGAGAAGUGGCACAUUAUUAUGUGUGUUUCUGUUGUUGGGUUGCAUAGGCAUUGCUACUGCCACUGCAACCGAACCCAAAACAGAAUCGUUUGGUACUUCUUCAAUUCGAUUGUGGCCUCGAUGGUGGUGGCGUACUCACCCAAAAAUGCCAUCACCACCAACUCAUGUGGCUCCAUAUCCAUCUCCGAUUGAUAAUGUGGCUUCACCAACACAUAUGGCUCCAUCCCCAGUAGAUGAUGUGGUUUCGCCACCGCACACCGCUCCAACCACUUCUUGCAUCAAGGUGGAUGGUUGUGCAUUAGAUUUGAUCACUUCCGUUUUCAAGCGUAGAAUUUCAUUAUCCACUCAAUGCUGCCAAGGACUUUCAACAAUUUCAGAUGAUUGCUUUUACAGAGGGUAUACGCACUCAAAGAGGGUACCAAUUUUCCUAGGCAAAGUGAGAAACUAUUGCAGUCAUGCCGUUGAUAAUGCGGCUUUACCAACUCAUGCAUCUCCAUCUCCAUCUCUAUCUCUGGUUGAUAAUUCGGCUUCACCAACUCAUGCAGCUCCAUCCCCAUCCCCAGUUGAUGAUGUCGUUUCUCCAUCUCCAUCCCCAUCCCCUGUUGAUGAUGUCGUUUCUCCAUCGCACAUGGCUCCCUCUUGGGGCCCGGCCAUGGCUCCAACCACUUCUUGCAUCAAGGUGAACGGUUGUGCAUUCAAUUUGAUCACUUCCGUUUUCAAGCGCAGAAUUUCAUUAUCCACACGAUGUUGUCAAGUACUUUCAACAAUUUCAGAUGAUUGCUUUUACAGAGAGUACACGCACUCCAAGAGGGUACCAUUUUUCCUAGGCAAAGUGAGGAACUAUUGCAGUCAUCAUGAAGCAAGAGAAUAG